GAUGGAACCAUGACCAGCUUGCUUGAAUAGCACAUCACUCACUGCAUCCUUAAACAACAUUAAUUUUGUGAUGCCUAAAAUUGGGCUACUUCAAGCACAUUACUUCAACAUCAAGGGAGUGUUCAGGCUAGACUUCCCUGACAAGCCCGUGACCACAUUCAAUUAUACCGGUGUACCCCUUACGGCAAACCAUGGCACAUCCUUGGGUACUUGGCUUAGCAGGAUUGCUCGCAAUUCAACACUUGAAUUGGUGUUUCAAGACACAGACCUCACAGUUGAGUUGCAUCCCUUCCACCUCCACGGUUACAAUUUCUUUGUUUUAGGGAGGGGGAUCGGAAACUUUGACCCAGUGAAAGACCAGCUAAGUUUAACUUGGUUGAUGCACCAAAAAGGAACACUGUUGGUGUUCCUACAGGAGGUUGGACAACAAUUCUAUUCUAGGCUGAUAAUCCAGGUGUUUGGUUCAUGCACUGUCAUCUAAAACUCUGCACUACUUGGGGGCUUAAGAUGGCUUUCAUGAUGGCUUUCGUUGUGGAGAAUGGAAACGGGCCAGAAAAAUCCAUCCUACCUCCUCCAAAGGAUCUCCCUCCUUGCUAACUGGUAGGAGGAUUAGGUCUUUCCUUGCAGUUUUAUGUUGUCCUGCAAAAGUUGCAGGAAGGUGUGUGGAUUACGAGGUUUCGGUCUACAAUCACUUUUUGUCCAUUUGGUGUAAUAUAAGAUUGCUCUGAUACUCUUUUGUAGAGGCCUUUUGUGUGAAUAAGAUGGCCUCCGAAGAAUCAUUGCUUGCUUGUGUUAAUGAUCAUCUUUCAUCCGUUGUUUUGUUCUUACCCGUUAGGCGAUUCAUAGAAAUUUUUGAGACGGUUUGGCAAGCUAUAUGUAAAUGUACAUGAUUAUAGAUCAUGAAAACAAGUUACAAGGUCA